UGCUUUGUAUGGUGUAAUACUGACCUCACAACCUCGUUUCCUCUGAAUAAAAACUGUAUGUUGUGUAUCUGCAGAGCCAAAGGCUUUCAGCAUCAGAGAAUGACAAAUGGCGCUAUGAAUGUUGAGAUUGGGAACCCAGCCUAUAAAAUUUAUGAAGGAGAGCAAGAUGACGACGUUGGAGAAUUGUUGGAUGCUGACUUCACACUGGAUCCUGACAAACCGACCAACUUCACAAAUCCUGUGUAUGCUACUCUGUACAUGGGAGCUCACAACAGCCGCAACUCCCUGGCCAGUACAGAUGAGAAGAAGGAGCUGCUAUCACAGGGGGACGAGGAGCCCGCACAUGACAUUUACAAGAAGGGUUAUUAUAUCCAUAACUCGGUGUCCUUGAGCAAGCAUGGCAGAUGGCACAUUUUGAGAUGA